CAGGACCCAAGAGCCUUCAGGAACCGGCCCGGCGCACGCGCGCGGGGAAGGCGCGAGGCCUGGACGGAAGUGGCCCAGGCGGUUGGCGGAGGCCGAGCAGGCGCCAUGUCAGCCCGGGAGGUGGCAGUGCUGCUGUCGUGGCUGAGCUGCUGUGGCUUGGCCAUUUGGAGGUAUUAUAGUAAGAGUCCCGACUAUCGAAUUUUUAGUACCAGAAGUAUUAUUGGGUUAGAGUAUGAUGGAACAUCAUUUACUGAGUGGAGUGUGCCAGAAACUUGUAAUGUGAUAGAUAAAAGAUUCCCCGUGACAGAAUUGCGUUGUCCUUCACCUGGUGUUUAUGCUGUAAAACCAAUUGUUGUGGGCCCAGAAGAAGAAGAACGCUAUUUAUUUGUGGCCAGUUCUCAUAUUUGCUUUCUGUGGUACUAUAGAGUUAGACAUUUCUUUAACAACUUAACCCAGUCUAUCAUUGUGUGGGCAUAUGAUCCAGAAAAUGCAGCUACUGAAGAGUUGGACGGGAGUGCAAAAGAACCUUCAAUAAAUUCCGAAGUACUCAGCACACAGAUGGCCACACUGGGGCAGAAGCCUACCAUAUAUACAAUUCUGAAGAGAAAAGUUUAUUUAUCAAAUGAGAAAAUGAAAAAAGGGACCUGGAAUAUUGAGAUACCAAUGACAAUGGAAGAUGCGCUAAAGGAGAUUAGAGGAAACCAAGUGAUUUUUCAAGAUUGCUUUGUUGCAGAUUUUCUUAUUCUGUUGACUUUUCCUAUGUUAACUAUACCAGAAAUUCCUGGUUAUUUACCAAUCUCUUCACCCCCUGGUAGUCAACUAAUUGCUUUCCGUGAUACUUGUAUUUUUGCAUGUGUUGUUUUGGUAACUGACAGGGAGACAUUUCAAACAAAUGAUUCAUUCCGUACUUGGACCAGAGUCAGAGUGCCUCCAGACAUUCUGAGUGAUGAUGAAAGACAUAAUGUAACUGAUGUGAUUUUAUCACGAGAUGGAGUAAUUUUUUAUAUAAAUGGUGUUCUUUACCUAAAAAGUUUUCGUGGAUUUAUAAAAAUGGGAAGAACUAUAAAUCUUCCUGAUGAUGGAAUUGCUGGCAUUUCAUCAAGAAAAUGGUGUUGGGUCAAAUAUUUAUUCAAGGCUAAAGGAAGAAGAAGCAACUUGGCAGUCUGGACAGAAAAUGAAAUUUACCUCGGAUAUAUUCUUUUUAAAUUUGCCAGAUUAGUAACUACCACAGAACUGAAAAAUAUCCUAAAUCUACCAGUAACUGCUACUGUGACUAUCCACUCUGUUCAGUAUACAGGACACCCUCUGGAGAUUGCUGUUUUUUUAAAUUAUUGCAUUGUGUGUACCGUCACCAAAAAGAUUUUCUUAGUGAUAUAUAAUGAAGAUACGAAACAGUGGAUUUCCCAAGACCUUACAUUAGAUGCUCCUAUUGACAGUGUUUUCAUUCCACAUUUUAUGUUUUCAGCACUGCCAGAAUUAAUACUAUGGAACAAGCAUAGUAUCUACUAUUAUUUCAAUAAUUUCACCUUUACUGGGAUUUUGCAGACACCUGCAGGACAUGGAAAUCUAUCAAUGCUAUCAAAUGGCAGCAUUAUUCAUGAAGUUUUAAUAGAUUAUUUUGGAAAUAUUUUGGUAAAAAUGGAAAAUAAUGUAAUGUUUUAUUCCAAGAUUAAUAUUGGAGAUGCAAUAAAGCUGCAUUUAUGGACAAGCAACACAACAAAAGCAUGGAUUUUCUUAAAUACAUCUGGUCAUACAUACUUCCUGUAUGCUUUUGACGAUGACAUAAUACAAACACAGGACUAUCCCUUACAUCUGGAAGCAAAAAGUGUAACUUUCAAGGCAAAAGACAAAUGCCCAUACAUGGCAUUUCAUAAUAAUAUUGCUCAUCUUCUUUACUUUUUGGACAAGGGAGAGGCUCUGACAGUUUGGACUCAAAUAGUGUAUCCAGAAAAUAACGGCCUGUAUGUUAUUAUGGAAUCCUAUGGCCCAAAAAUAUUAGAAGUGAGACAUAACAUUUCCUUUGAAGUUGCCUUUGGAUACUGCACCAAAACUCUGUUACUAACGUUUUAUCAGAAGAUAAAUUAUGAAGGAACAGAUGAUUACUUUGGAAUGCAAGACAACAACACGGGGCUUGUGAUGAUUCAAGUUCGACCUAGUGAAUAUUCAAAAGCAUGUUCAGUACCCCAAAAGGUGUUCCAAAUAGCUGUUGGCUGUGAUAAUAAAAAAUUCAUUGCAGUUAAGGGAUUUAGUAAAAAAGGAUGUCCUCGCCAUGAUUUUUCUUACGUGAUUGAAAAGUCAUAUCUGAGGCAUCCACUGUCUAAAAACUUGAAAGUAAGGUAUAAUUGGAAAGAAUACGGCUGCCCCCUGAGGCUUGAGUUCACAGAAAAGUUUCACCCUUUGGUUCAAUUAUUUGAUGAUAACGGCUAUGUUAAAGACGUUGAAGCAAAUUUCAUAGUGUGGGAAAUACACGGCAGGGCUGACUAUAGCUUUAAUAACACCAUGGCGCAGAGCGGUUGUUUACAUACAGCACAGACAUGGAACUCAAUGAUUAAACUUAACGAGCACCUCCCGUUAGAAGAAGUCUGGGGACCUGAGAACUAUAAACACUGUUUUUCUUAUGGCAUUGGAAAACCAGGAGACUUAAAUCAACCAUACGAGAUUAUCAACAGUUCUAACAGGAACCACAUAUUUUGGCCCAUGGGCCAUUCUGGAAUGUAUGUAUUUCGUCUGAAGAUCCUGGAUCCAAACUAUAGUUUCUGUAAUCUAACAGCUAUAUUUGCAAUAGAAACGUUUGGACAGAUUCCCAGUUCAAGUGUCUACCUGGUAGCUUCUUUCCUCUUUGUCCUGAUGCUACUGUUCUUCACUAUCCUCAUUUUGAGCUACUUUUGGUACAUGAGGAUUUAUAGACGAUAUAUUAAUGAACCACUUCACAAAGCUCCAAGAAAACAUAAGACGAAUUAGGAAAACUGAAAGUUUGUUUAUUACGGAUCUAUGUAUGUAGCGGGACAGUGUAUUAUAUGCCUAUAUUGAGAGUGUGUGUUUGACCAAGAAAUACUAAAUAUAAGCUCAUAGGAGGCAUCACCAAAUUCAAGAUCUGAAAAAUAUUCUUGAACUAUCUCCAAAAUAGAAAUAUUUGCAUAUAUAUAUAUUGUGUUAUUAAAUUAAUCCUUUAUGUGUUUGCCUUCAUUUUAAAGGUAUUCUAUAUACUCUUACAUGGCAUGAAAAAAUAAACUAAAUU